AUGGCGGUGUCGCCCUUGCUCGCCCUCCUACUCCUGCUGUUCCUCUCCGGUUCCGGUCCCCGCCGAUGCCCCGCCGCUGCAGCAGCGAACUCGACGUCCUCAUCUUCUCCGUCCCCGCGGCCCACGCCGCUGGUCCCGGCGCUCUUCGUAAUCGGCGACUCCACGGCCGACGUAGGCACCAACAACUACCUGGGCACGCUCGCCCGCGCCGACCGCGAGCCCUACGGCCGGGACUUCGACACGCACCGCCCCACGGGGCGCUUCUCCAACGGCCGUAUCCCCGUCGACUACAUCGCGGAGCGGCUGGGCGUCCCCUUCGUGCCUCCAUACCUUGAACAGAACAUGCGCACGGGCGCCGCCGAUGUUGGCCUCACAAACAUUGAUGGGAUGAUACAAGGCGUCAACUACGCGUCCGCGGCAGCCGGCAUCGUCUCCAGCAGUGGCUCUGAGCUUGGAAUGCAUGUAUCCCUGACCCAACAGGUGCAGCAGGUCGAGGACACAUAUGAGCAGCUGUCACUGGCCCUUGGGGAGGCCGCGGUGGCCAACCUGUUCAGGAGGUCCGUGUUCUUUGUGUCCAUCGGGAGCAAUGACUUCAUCCACUACUACCUGCGCAAUGUGUCUGGUGUCCAGAUGCGAUACCUCCCUUGGGAGUUCAACCACCUCCUUGUCAGUACAAUGAGACAGGGAAUCAAGAAUCUGUACGACAUCAAUGUUCGUAAAGUCAUACUGAUGGACCUACCUCCUGUUGGUUGUGCACCUCAUUUCCUCGAGGAGUAUAGCAGUCAAACUGGGGAAUGCAUCGAUUAUAUCAACAAUGUCGUGAUCGAGUUCAACUAUGCCCUGAGACACAUGUCUAGCGAGUUCAUCAGCCAGCAUCCAGAUUCCAUGAUCAGUUACUGCGACACUUUCGAGGGGUCUGUGGACAUACUAAACAAUCGUGAGCAUUAUGGUUUUGUCAUCACCACUGAUGCUUGCUGUGGGCUGGGCAUGGGCAUGUAUGGAGAUGCUGUCAGGCAUCCUGGUGUGGUCCAGUCAGCACACCAAGAUGUGCUAUCCUUUGGACCUGCAACAGAUGGUAAAACUGAAGCUGUAGAACCAAUCUGGAAUGACUUGUUUAACAUGCGUUUCAGAGAACCUAUAAGAGGGGAUCUAUAUGGUCAAACUGGAACACAUGCUGUCAGGCAUAGAAAACGUGAGUCGAAAAUAUACAACCUUUACGAGUCAACAGAAGUUGACCAUGGGACUCCAGUGCUUACAGGUGGUUACAAGCUAGUGCUGCAGCAUCAUCAGUUAGUAAUCAGCCACUUCACAUACCAGUUCACUGUUUACAGCCUCAUGAAUUAA